GGGGAAGAAGGGGGCGCGAGGCAUCUCCAUAGCAACGGCGGGCCGGGCCGUUGCCCCGCCGUCGGGGCCUCGGCGAGAGCGGCGGCGGCCGAGGGGGAGCGGCGAGCGGCCGCCCGGGCCUCGUCCAAGGAGAGAAACCACAUCGAGGAGGGAAAUGGGGAGAAACCCUCCGGCGCAUCGAUCGUUCCUUCAACCGCUUUUUUCGAGCCAUUACCCUGUGCCGAGCACCGGCCCGAGCGCUCGGGCCACCUGCGUAGCGCAAUAAGCAGACAGAUUCCCUCAGCAAUAAUAAGAAUAACCAUGGCCCAGAGUCUCCAGAACGAGGUGUUCUGUGCCAUCUGCCUGGAUUACACCACUAGCCACGUGUCCAUCGAGUGUGGGCACAAAUUCUGUGGCUCCUGCAUCUUCCGGUGGGCCAGCAGAAGCUUGGAGAUGAGUUACUGUUGUCCUCAGUGCAGGGGAAUCUCUGAGAAGAAAUAUCUCAUGGUCCAAAUUCUAGGAGUGGGGAAAAAACACAGGCUGCAGAGAUCCACAGAUUCCCUGAGGAGCAGGAAACGCCACUGUACGUACGGAGCCUUGGCCGACUCCCAGCCUGGAGCCCUCGCGGGUCCUGUGUCCGUCCUUCAGCCUGGCCCGGGGCUCGCCCCGGCCGGCGAAAUGCCAUCCGACCGUCCGGCUGCCGUGCCGGAGUUCCCGAGGGAGUUCUGCCUGACCCGGCCACUGCAGGAGGUGAAGAUCGAAUUGACCGACAUGUUGGACUGGCUGAUCAUCAAGCUUGAGCUGUUCAUGGAGAUUGCCUUGGGAAUAUGGCAGCCUUCUCAGUGAUGAGUCCAUGUUUCUUUAAUCACCCCCGGGGGCAGUGACCUGCACCUUUCUUUCAAUAAAAACUAGUUAUGUUUUCA